AUGGCUCCUGCUAGUACCUCCAAGGCUGCGGCUGCCACUAAAAAGGUCAAGAAAGAGAAGCUGUUCCACCCGGCUUCGAGAAAAGCGGGUCAGCUUGCACGCCACGCUCUGCGCAAGGGAAAGCUGGUUGACCUUUAUGGCUUUUUCUAUCAUGCCGUCCCAGAAGAGGGUGUCCUCACGCUUGAGGAGUUGCAUCAUAUCAUUAGCGAUGUAUGGCUGACUCGCUUUGAUGAAGAAUUGGAGGCCGAGCGGUCAGCAAGGCGGAAGGGGAGACCAAAAUCUGCGAAGGAAAUGAAACUGGAAGAACUCAAACUCAGAGAGGCAGAAAUUUAUCGUACAGGCAUGGAGGUCAUUGAUCUAACACACCCUCCUACUGUGGAAUUAUUCCGAAGAUGGGAUCAGAAAGAAGUUGCAUUUAUUCAGCUGCUGCGGUUUAUUCGAAUAUUUAGCACCGACCCACAGCUCGCCUUGGUUUCGCGGCCAGGAAAACACCUGUCUAUCACAGUGCCCCCGCCUGUUCCUGACGACGCUAUGGAUCUCGCUGAAGAAAACGAAAUUAAAUUUGCCUAG